GCCUAGGCGGCGGCGGGCGAGUCGGGCAUGGAGGAGAAUGAGGUGGAGAGCAGCAGCGACGCGGCGCGGCCCGCGCGGCGCGAGGAGCCCUCCGAGAGCGGCCUCGGCCUGGAGACGUCGGAGGCCGUGUCCGCGGACAGCAGCGACGCCGCCUCGGCGCCCGGCCCCCGCGCGGCGGCCGACGACUCCGGCGUGGGGCAGAGCUCGGACCGCAGCGGCGCCUCCUCGGAAGAGGUGUCUGAGAGCAGCUCCAGCACAGAUGCAAUUCCCCGGAUUUACCUGCCAGAUUCUUCCUCCAUUGCCCAGUCCACCCUGGUCUCCAGUGUCUCCACAGUGAGCCAAUCCAUCAUGGUGUCAGAGUCACCGCAGGUCUUGGUUCACUCCAGCGUCAUUACAGACGGAGCCACAAUGGUUUCAGACUCAACUGCAUCCACUUCCUCAGACCUAGGUUCUGCUAUAGACAAAAUCAUUGAGUCCACGAUUGGGCCUGACAUCAUCCAGAGCUGCAUCGCUGUGACAAGUGCUGAGGAUGGUGGUGCAGAGACUACUCAGUACCUCAUUUUGCAAGGACCUGAUGAUGGUGCCCCCAUGGUGUCCCAAGUGGCCACUUCUGCUCUGGCCAAUAGCUUGGCGAUAGAAGCUGUUGCUGAUGGACCAACAUCCACCUGCCUUGACCAACCAGGCCCUUCAGACCCCUCUGAGCAGUCUGAAGUACUGGAGCUGCCCACACAGCCAGAUCAGGCCCGAGAGGCAGAUGGUGGGGAGGAACUGGAUCAGCCAGACAUGGAGACCCUGGAAGAGAUGAUGGAGGUGGUGGUGGUGCAGCAGUUCAAGUGCAAGAUGUGUCAGUACAAGAGCGUCUCCAAAAAAACGCUAAUCAACCACAUGAAAGAGCGGCACUUCCAGCCAGUAGCUUCAGCUUUGGCUUUGAAGAAGGGACGUCCACGGAAAGGGGGUCCUGCUCCAAAGACUGCAGAGGAGGAGGUCGCAGAGGAAGAGGAAGAUGAUGAUAUCAUGGAUGCUGGUGCUAUUGAUGACCCUGAAGAGGACAGUGACUAUAACCCAGCUGAGGAUGAGCCUCGUGGACGACAGCCCAAAUACAGCCGCACUGUCCCCACAUCCAGUGAGGAGAGGCCACGGCGACGCCCAGGGAGACCCCGCAAGUUUCCUCGUCUGGAAGACAUGCCUCCGGACAUGCCUGAAGUUGUGCUGUGUUGCUGUCAAACAGGAGGGGAGGUGGAGCCCUUAGUGACAUCCCAAAGCACACAGAGCUGUGACCUACAGAACUCAGAAGCAGCUAGUUCCUCUGGAAUGGAGAACGGGACCAGCGAGAGCCUGGCAGAGCCCAGCAUUAGCCAGUCUGACUCUGAGAAUAAGGAUCCUUCCUCCAACACCGGCCCUGAGGAGGCAGAUGUCAUCCCCAGGAGGCGAGGACGACCCUCUCGCCGCUUCCUGGGCAAGAAAUACCGCAAGUACAUGGGGCGCAGGUACUACUAUAAGUCACCCAAGCCCUUGAUGAGGCCAUAUCUGUGUCGGAUCUGUGGAUCACGUUUUCUAACACAUGAUGAUCUGCGCUUCCACGUCAACUCACAUGAGGCCAACGACCCACAGCUCUUCAAGUGUCUUCAGUGCAGCUACCGUUCCCGCCGCUGGUCCUCCCUCAAGGAACACAUGUUCAACCAUGUGGGCAGCAAGCCGUACAAGUGUGAAGAGUGUAAUUACACCAGUGUGUACAAGAAGGAUGUCAUCCGACACUCCACAGUACACAGUCGGGACAGGAAAAAGAGAGCUGAUCCGCCCCCAAAGCUGAACUCCUUCCCAUGCCCUGUAUGCAAUCGUAUCUACCCCAUGCAGAAGAGACUUACUCAGCAUAUGAAAACGCAUAGCACAGAGAAGCCGCACAUGUGUGACAAGUGUGGGAAGUCCUUUAAGAAGCGCUACACCUUCAAAAUGCACUUGCUGACACACAUCCAGGCCAUUGCUAACCGCAGGUUCAAGUGUGAGUUCUGUGAGUACGUCUGCGAGGACAAAAAGAUCCUGCUGAACCACCAGCUGUCACACAUGAAUGACAAGCCCUACAAGUGCAGCUUCUGCAAGUACUCCACCUUCCGCGAGGACUUCUUGGUCUCACACAUGGCUGUCAAGCACACGGGAGGGAAGCCAUUUGCUUGUGAGUUCUGUCACUUCACCACAAAGCACAAGAAGAACUUGCGCCUGCACGUGCAAUGCCGGCACGCUGACUGCUUUGAGGAGUGGGCACAGCGGCAUCCCGAGGAGCCACCCUGCCGCCGCCGUCCCUUCUUCACCCUGCAGCAGAUUGAGGAGCUGAAGCAGCAGCAUAGCCAGGUGCAGGCCAGCGCUGAGCCAGAGCCUGGCACCCCAGUACCUCUUGGCCCUGUGUCCUACCACACGGUCCAGGCACUCCCAGAAGCAGAGCCCCCCAUCCUUUCCCAGGAUUCCCUGGGAGGGGCCACCAUCAUUUAUGAACAAGGUGUGGCUGGAUCUGCAGAACUAGCCACACAGACUGCGCUGGAUCUCCUGCUGAACAUGAGCACUCAGCGAGAGCUGGCCACAGGCUCUCUUCAGGUGGCAGUGGUGAAGCCAGAUGACUCGGGAGAAGUGGAGGCCCCAGAUGAGUCACAGACACAGGAGGAGGGGGCAGAGGUGGAUUCCAUUGAGCAUCAGCAGCAGAAGGUGGUGACACUACACAUGGCAGAGCCUGGAGAGACAUUGGUGCAGGAGGCUUAUGAGGAGGCAACCUUGGGUGGCUCAGAGCUGCAGCAGAUCACUAUCCCCUUUGGUGGGACAACAGAGUACAGCAUCAUCACACCCAUUAGUGAGGAGGUCCAGGCUCCAGGCACGCUAUACAGUGAGGAGGAAAGCCCUGCAGAAACCUCUCACGCAGUUGUGGUGAGUGAAGCUGUGAUGACUGAAGCUCUGAAAGACCAUAACAAUCACUAUAUCAUGUCAUCCAGUGUCCCAGGGAAUCAGUUCCAUCACAUCGAGCCCCUCAGUGGGGACACUGCCUUUCCCUCGCCAGCGGAGGGCCAGGAGGCACAGCCCACCAGCAUCAAGUGGCCUUUGGUGCAGUGUGUCACCCGGCAGCUCCAAAAGGACUCAUCUUUGUCCCCAACCUCUGAAGGGCAGGAAAUCUCAUCCCCAAAGGUCAAGUGGCCUGCACUGCAAGGCAUGGCCAAGAAGCUCUCGUGCAAGGUUUCCUCAGCCAAGAAGCUCUCAUGCAAGAUUUCCACAGCCAAAAAGUUUUCAUGCAAGAUUUGCACAGCCAUGUUUACAGGGAGAGCAGAAAUGGAGAGUCACAAGAGAGCCCACAUUGGGCCCAGCACCUUCAAGUGUCCUGACUGUCCAUUCACUGCAGCCCUCUGGCCAGAGGUUCGGAGUCACAUGGUUCAGCAUGCCAACCUUCGGCCGCACAAGUGUACCCACUGCAGCUUUGCCUCCAAGAACAAAAAGGAUCUGCGCAGGCAUAUGUUAACACACACCAACGAGAAGCCCUUUUCCUGCCAGAUCUGUGGGCAGAGGUUCAACCGUAAUGGGCACCUCAAGUUCCACAUGCAGCGUUUGCACAGCUCGGAGGGGAAGAGGCCUGGGACACCUGCAGCUCCUGCCCAGCAGACCAUCAUACUGAACAGCGAUGAGGAUACGCUCGCCACCCUGCAGACGGCUCUGCAGUCUGGCCAGGCAGUGCUCGCUCCCGAGCGGCUGCAGCAGGCUCUGGGACAGGAACACAUCAUCGUUGCUCAGGAGCAGAGCAUCACGAGCCAGGAGGAGGCUACGUACAUCCAGGAGAUCACAACUGCCGACGGACAGACAGUACAGCACUUAGUGACAUCUGACAACCAGGUACAGUACAUCAUUGCCCAGGAUGGCGUACAGCACUUGCUUCCACAUGAGUAUGUUGUUGUCCCAGAGGGACAUCACAUCCAGGUGCAGGAUGGCCAAAUCACCCACAUUCAGUAUGAGCAGGGCAGCCAGUUCCUCCAGGAGCCACAGAUCCAGUACAUGCCUGUCUCACCUGAGCAGCAGCUUGUCACUCAGGCACAACUGGAAGCAGCUGCACACUCGGCAGUCACAGCAGUGGCUGAUGCUGCGAUGGCCCAGGCGCAGGGCAUGUUCUCCGCAGAGGCGACGGCCGAGCAGAUCCAGCAACUGCAGCAGGGGAUCCACUACGAUGUUAUCACCCUGGCAGAUUAGCAGCGGGGACAGGCCUGGCUGACGUUGACGUUCUGGGUCAUCCUUGCUGCAGCAAGGCAGCUGCACCGUGCAGAAGCCUCCACAGCCAGCAGUUGCCUUAUUGCUUUGGGGCUACAAGGGACGUGCCUGAGUACCCACCGGUGGGGGCGUGCUGCUGCUUUGCCUGCGCAGCGAGGGGUCCUGUGCAUCCUCCUCUGGCACGGGCAGCUGUCUCUUGAGCAGGAACUGCUCACCAGCCAAGGCCGUGAGGCAGGCUGAGCGAUGGCAGCGCUCUGAUGCGGCCAGUCUCUGUACCUGUUGCACUUGGUGGUCUGAAAUCCCUUUUCCUGAAUCAUGUCUGUGUGGGCCAAACUCGAACCAGCGUCUACCUGGCACACGAGGAUCCUGGGUGAGAGCCAUGGGGCCGAGCACAGCCAUGUGGUACGGUGUGAUACGUGGGACAUGUUCAGCAGCCUCAGUCGUGUUCCCCACUCCUCAGUUGUGGGGUGUGUGGUCCUGGCGUGAAGGCAGCCUUCCUUCCCUUGGCUUUUCCAGCCUGCAGGCAGGCAUCACUGGGGCUUUGGACUGGAGGAACUCAAAAUAGGAAGAGGCAGAGGUGGAAGAUGUUCUAUUUUUCUUCUGAAGAGGGAUGGACUCUGCUGCAGAGAGUUGGUUUGUAGGUGGUUAUGGGAGGGGUCGAUUCUGACAUUCUCAAGCUUUGAAUAUGCUUAUUAAUAAAAAGGGAUUGAAACCUG